GCCAGGGGCGGACUGACCAUUAGUAAACUCGGGCACUGCUCGAGGGCCCGGAGUCAGUAGGGGGCCCCAUGAGAUGCCCCUGGUACAUUUUUCAUAGGGUUUUUUUGAGUUUGGGCAAGGACACGGGGCCCCAUGAUUCCCUAUUGCCCGGGGGCCCCAUGAGUUGUCAGUCCGACCCUGAGCUCCGCUUGAACUUUUCUGGAAUCUCUCCAGGGGCGGACUGACCAUUUGAAAACUCGAGGGCCCAGGGUCAGUAGGGUCCCCAUGAAAUGCCCCUGGUACCUUUUUAUAGGUUUUUUUAGGUGUGCUUUGAGUGUGGACAAGGACACAGGGGCCCCAUGAUCCCCUAUUGUCCGGGGGCCCCAU